AUGGCGGAGGAGGAGGACCCUGCAGCGGCGGCGGCCGGGAGCGGCAGCGAGAGCGAGGAGGGGGAGGAUGGCGAGCGGCGGCACCGGCAGCUCCUGGAGGCGAUCAGCGCCUUGUCCGGACGGAAACGGCGGAAGCUGGCGGAGCGCUCGGAGGCGAGCGGGCAGGUGUCCGAGUUCAAUGUCACCUGCAAAGGUGCUGGGGAGAAGCUGGUGCUGUCGGAGCUGCUGCAGCCCAUCCAUCCCAAAUCCACACUGGGCAGCGUGAGGAAGGAGCUGGCCAGAGUGAAGCGGAAGGCGGCGGUGGAGCUGCCACUGAGUAAAGAGGAGGCCAAGAGGGUGGUGAGGGAGGCUGCCUACGUCACCACCUCGAAGGACGUGGGGAAGUGGCAGCAGGUGGUCCUGCAGAACCGGCGUGCAGAGCAGCUGGUGUUCCCCCUGCGGCAGGACAUCGCCACCGUCACCCCUCUGGAGAGGGCCACCUCGGCGUGGAAGGCCCGAACUCCACUGGAGCAGGAGAUCUUUGGGUUGCUCCACAAGACACAGCAGCCCAUCACAGACCCACUGCUGACAGCAGAGGAGGUGGCCUCACUGCAGGCCAUGAGCUUGGAGGAGGCGCGGCGCCGGCGGGCAGAGCUGCAGAAGGCCCGGGCAGUGCAGUCCUACUACGAGGCCAAGGCUCGGCGAGCGAAGCGGAUCAAGAGCAAGAAGUACCACCGCGUGCUCAAGAAGAGCCGGAGGCGCCAGGCCCUGAAAGAGUUCGAGCAGCUGCACAAAUCGGACCCUGAGGCCGCCUUGGCACGGCUGGAGGAGCUGGAGCAGCUCAGGAUGCAGGAGCGGAUGAGCCUGAAGCACCAGAACAAGGGAAAAUGGGCCCGAUCCAGAGCCAUUAUGGCUAAGUAUGACCUCGAGGCCCGCAAGGCCAUGCAGGAGCAGCUGGCCAGGAACAAGGAGCUGAUGCAGAAAGUGCAGGUGGAGCCGCCCGAGGAGGAGCCCUGUGAGCUGCCCGAGGGGGACACCACGGCCUUGCCCGUGCCCACCGGGGCCAGCGGGGCUAAUCCCUGGAUGCUGGGCAAGCCCAGUGGCCCAGCCCUGGAGCCUGAGGCACAGGAGGGUCCAACAGAUGACACAGUGCCUGGUGCUGUGGAGAACAAGGAUGAGAUGGAGGAGGAGGAGGAGGAGGAGCUGUCUGAGGAAGAGGCUCUGCUGCAAGACUUCGAGCAGAAGCGACGGGAGCGGACAGGGAACCCCAAGGGGCACAGGGAGGAGCAUGGUGCUGACGAGACUGAGGCCGGUGCUGAGCAGCCCAGGGACAGCCCAGUGCUCCCAGUCUGUGCUGAGGAUCUGGGGGCCAACCCAGUGCCCCCAGCCUGUGCUGAUGAGCUAGAGGACAGCCCAGUCUCCCCAGCCUGUGCUGAGGAUCUGGGGGACAGCUCAGUGCCCCCAGUCUGUGCUGAUGAGCUGGAGGACAGCCCAGUCUCCCCAGCCUGUGCUGAGGAUCUGGGGGACAGCUCAGUGCCCCCAGUCUGUGCUGAUGAGCUGGAGGACAGCCCAGUCUCCCCAGCCUGUGCUGAGAAUCUGGGGGACAGCCCAGUGCCCCCAGUCUGUGCUGAGGAGCUGGUGAGCCCAGGGCCAGAGCCGCCCCCUCAGGCUCAGGAGCAGCUCCUGCUCUCAGAGCAGCUGCACCGUGUGCGGACCAUGGAGGAUAUGGAGAAUCUGGCCAAGGAGGAGCUGGUGGAAGAGCAGGAGAAGCUGGUAGCCCCAAGAGCAGGGAAGCGAGCAAAGCAGCAGCAGGAAAGCAGAGCUGGGGACAGACACACCAAGAAAACACCAGCCAAGAGGAAGAUGAUCAGCCUGGAGGCUUUGCUGGAUGGCAAGCCCCACGAGAUGGACUGCCCCAGCCUGCCUGUGGUCCUGGAGGAGGAGGAGGGUGGCGUGGAGCAGCGCGGGAUGAUCACGGAGGCCUUUGCUGGGGAUGACGUGGUCGCCGAUUUCCGCCGGGAGAAGCGCAAGGCGGAGGAGGCGGCGAAGCCACAGCCGGUGAACCUGGUGCUGCCGGGCUGGGGCGAGUGGGGCGGCACGGGGCUGAAACCCAGCACCAGGAAGGUCAAGAGGUUCCUGAUCAAGCCUCCGCCGGCGCCUCCGCGGAAGGACCGGCACCUGCCCCACGUCAUCCUGAGCGAGAAUCGCAACAUCCACGCAGCAGCACAUCAGGUCAGCGAGCUGCCCUUCCCCUUCGAGCGGCACCAGCAGUUCGAGCAGAGCUUGCGGACGCCCGUGGGCCCCACGUGGAACACUCAGCGCGCCUUCCAGAAGCUCACAGCCCCUCGAGUCAUCACCCGCGCCGGCCACAUCAUCCAGCCCAUCUCGGCCGAGGACGUCCCCGACACAGCCCCUGGCAGCGGGGCCAGGCUCGGGGGGGAGGCCAUGCCCGAGAGGAAGGCUGAGCCUGGGAGGAAGGCUGUGCUCAGGGGAAAGGCUGUGCCCAAGGGGAAGGCUGUGCCCAAGGGGAAAGCUGUGGGGGGAAAGGCUGUGCCCAAGGGGAAGGCUGUGUCCAAGGGGAAAGCUGUGGGGGGAAAGGCUGUGCCCAAGGGGAAAGCUGCAGGGGGAAAGGCUGUUCCUGGGGAGAAGGCACAGCCCCAGCGCCACAGAGCGAGGUAG